AUUACAGAAUAUGAUCAAAUUAUGUAUACCCCAAUCUCCAAGUGCAUUACAGGUUACUACUUUAAAGAUGAUGCUUCAAAGUUAGUGGUUGAGACUUUCUCAGCUGUUACUAAAAACAUCAGUCUACCGUUGUGCUUAUGAACACGGGAUAUGAUGCAGACAUGUUUAAUGUUUCUGUUCGUCUGGUUUACCAUGAUAACGGAGGAGUGGCUUUGGUUACUAACGAACGUAAAGUUCAAUUGAGACCAGAACAUCGUCCUAGGGGCAUACUGUCUGAUAAAUCAUUAAUGCAUCAUGAAAAGCUGAAAAAGAUGGAGGAAUAUCGUAAGAAACAUCCAACAAAGGUUAAAUAUGUUAAUGAUGUAUUUGUAAUUUUCUCGGAAGAGUUUUUACUUGGCAAAGGAAGUGAUGGAACCCGUGUUUAUCUUGGUCUGGGAAAAGACGGUUAUGGAAAAGCAGUAAAACGGAUUAAUCGAGAUAGUUACACUGAGCAAGCCAAGCAAGAAAAAGAUAUUUUGAACGACUUUAAUGCAAAGCGUUCAAAAUAUGUCGUGAAUUAUUGUUACCUGGAAGAAGAACCAGAGGAUGAAUUUGCAUAUUUGGUAUUAGAUUUAUGUGAGGAAUCGUUGGAAAGUUUUGUGAAAUCUUCUACUUUAGAUGAGCUUCAAAUAGUGCUUCCCAAAGUCAUGAGGCACAUCUUAAAAGGCUUAGCAGAUCUUCACAGUGACCCAAGUCCUAUACUUCAUCGUGAUAUAAGACCCUCAAACGUUCUUCGAGAUGUACAAGGAAAUUUUUUAAUCGCUGACUUCGGUAUAAGUCGAAGAUUAUCAAAUGAAACUUCGACAUAUGAGAGCAUACAGAGAGGAGCUAAAAAUUGGAUAGCUCCAGAGUCGUAUAAUGAAGGAAAUAAAGCAAUUGACUCAUCCCGCUACAAGAAACAGUCUGAUGUUAUGAACGCUGGAAUGGUGGCUUAUUAUGUUGCAACAAAGGGGGAACAUCCAUUUGGACCUGAACGGUUUUUACUGGACAACCUUUUGAAUGGAAAACCUGUUGGCUUGGAUGAAAUCAAGGAUACCACGCUCAAAGAUCUUCUUUCGUGGAUGUUAAAGCGACAACCCAAAGACAGACCAUCAGCCAACGAAGCGUUGAAACACCCAUAUUUUCUGUCGGAUUACGAGAAGUUUGAAAUGUUGUGUAAAGUUGGAAACCAACAACCAAUAAAGACAAAUGAUGCCCUUUCAAGUGUCGUUCAACAAUUGAAUAGAGAACCCUCAGAUUGGAAAAGUCAAAUGGAUAGUGAUGUUUAUGAUUAUUUUUGCACGUACGAGAAAAAUGGGAAAAUCAAUAAGAUCCAUUAUAAUUCUUCAUGGACAGAAUGCUUAAGACUUAUUCGAAAUGUUGGCCAGCAUUGGUGUGAUCGACCACGGCCAAGACCACAACCAGAAACAUUUUAUAAAAUUGGUGAUCCAAAGGAAUACUUUCUCAAAACAUUCCCUGAUCUUCUUAUUCGAGUGCACACGGCUGUAAGGUCAAAUGAUGAAUGGAAAAACAAACCAGAACUCAAUUUCCUUUUUAAUUUUCAAUCAAGUUGACACGAAUCAAUGAAUAUUUCACAAAUAUUUCAUUCGCGAGUUAUUUUGUGUUUUUCCUUUUUGCAGUGCAUAUGAGAGGAAAAUUGUCUCAUUUAGAUUAUAUUUUCACUGAAAAUAACGUUGAAAAGGACAAUGUAAUUGAACUUGCUUCAUUCCUUAAAUAAAUUGCUUUUAAAAAUA